AUGGAUGGCCAAGCUUUUCUGGGAGAACGUCAAACUCGUUCUUUUCCUGGAUCUUUACUGUUUCUUAUGCUUUUAUACGUUGAUCAGUUUGUCAUUGAGGAAGUUAGAGCCAAACGAGAAACUCCAGUUCUCAAAGGUUGGACAACCAAUAUGUUGUCAAGUCGUGAGAAAUUGGAAAUUUUUAAGGGGAGGCUUGGAGUUUUUUAUAAAAACCAGAAGCUUGUUGGUCCUUCUGGCAGCAAACAACCAAAACUGGAACAAUCUGAUCCAAUUCAUACAAAAAAUGAAGAGAUUGAACAAGAUCCGAAGAAGAAAUGCCUUAUGGAGCUUGCAACAGCAUCUACAAAUCUAGUCUUGGCAUACAUGGAUUUCAGUGAAAAACAUGAAACUGCUGUUAAGUAUUUUCCAAACAAUGAGAAGAUUCAAAAGCUGAAGGAAGAUGCAAUGACUGUUUGUGAUGAGCAGAAGAUGAGCUCUAAAGCUUUGACUGAAGAUAUUUCUCUCUCAUUUAGCCAAGAUGAACAGUAUUGGCAAGAUCCAGCUGUAAUUGAAGCUUGGGAUAGGUUUUCGAAGAUUUCAGGUAAUGACAAGCAUGCUGAAUCUACAAUUUAUGCUAGGGUUGAUCAACUGAUUGAAUCAGAACCAAUUGAUAUUACUAAGAUUGCUGCUGAAUGUGUUGACAUAGCAAGUGGUAUACCUGAUGUUGAAGAUCCAUCUGUUAUCAUACAGCCUAAGGUUGCUGAACAUGUAUUUAAAAAACUUGGAGAGUCAAGUACGAGAUAUAGUUUAAGAAGUUCAGUUGCCAAAGGAUGUGGAACUCCUUCAUUCAGCUUAGGAAUCUCUUCUCAAGAUGAUUCUCAGGAGAAGUCCCCCAGCAUUGCACCUACUGAUGAACCUGUAGUUGCUCCUGUGAGUGCACAAGUUGGUGCUUCUAAAUCAGUUGAUGAUGCUGAUGCUGUGAAUGCUCAAGAAGACCCAAUUGCGUUUAAGAGAAAAGGAGAUGCUGAAAAUGAGAGUUGUAUUCCAAAGAAGCGUAAAGUGCAACCAUCGUUGCAAAUAAGAUCUCCUUUUAAGUCUCGGAUUAUCAACAUAUAUACACCAUUAACAGCAGUUCAGAAAGGUGUUAUGGAUUCAUUUUUUCAUGAGAAGAAAAAUCGUUUGUAA